GGCGCUCGCAGGCGGGCUCCGGGCAGCGUCGAGCGUUUGCGGAAGCGUUCAGCGGGCUGUGUCUUUGUGGUGGCGGAGGAAAAGCACAGGUGCGUGCCUAGAGAUAAUGGCGGGAGGGUUGGGGGUGUGCAGUGUCGCAGCAACGGGUGUGGAGAGUGGAGAGGGCCGCCGCAGUGGCAGGCUUUCCAAGGUUGCAGCACCACGGCAGCAGGCUAGCGGGCAGCAAAGGACGCGGCUGGUGUCAGCCUCUGCACUGGAGCCGAUUGUCUUGGAAACGAGCGAGCGCCUCCAAAAGGCCUCCGCCCCUGCACGCUACGAGGGCUCCCAAGCGCUUUGGGUCUGGCGCUGGAGACACAUACGUCAAUGCCCAUGUUCGUUGUAGGCGGGCAGCCCCAACAAGCAGUGCAGUCUAGGUGCACAACGACGUGCAGCUUCGAAGGAGC